AUGGAUCUGAGCUCAUCCGUUCUCGGUUGCGUACUCCUCCUUCAGAUGUCUGUGAUCCUGGUAAUGCUUAACCCUGCAUACGAUUUACGAAAAAUCAGAUCUUUAUUUUUCACAUCUUCUAGAAUCUGUUCUCUAACAAUCAUCAGUUAUUUCACCCUAGUUGUAUAUCUCGGCAUGUACGUACCGUUAUUGAAUAUAUCAAAACUAAUAUCAAACGAGAUUACCUGUGAGUACGAAAAGUUGACGAUAUUGGGUCGGAUCGAGAAAAACUACAUAAUCGCUGGAUUCUCCCUUUUCCUGUUUAUCGUCAUGUAUGGAGUUCGGGCUUUAGAUAUAUAUGCCACACGAAUCGCUCAAAUGUUAUUGAAUACAAAUGACACAGUUUUUUCGCAACCUUUGGUGAGGGAGAGGAGAAGCCAAGGAAUGACACCGCUUUCACAGGAAAGUAUCUUGCCAAAGUUACUAAAAAUAAAAAGGUCAGUUUCAUAUGAGACGAUUAUAUUUGCAAAAGAAUUCCGCGCACUGAAGGCAAUAUUAAAAAAUGCUAGAAAAGAUUCGCAGGACAAAAACUGA